CAUGUGGAUUUUUAAUUUGUUUGUUAAAGUAAUAAAAUUAAAUAUCGAUGAGAAUUUGGCUUCAAAACCACCAAAAAUAGUAAAUGAUUCAAAUGUAAUAGUAAGAGAUGGAAAACAAUCGGCCAAGGAUGGAAUCAAUUAUGUCAUUUCUCAAGGUUUUAUGGAAGAUGUUCUAUUUAUUAUUGGAAAGACAAAUGAUGUAGAAAAAGAUGAAAAAGCUUGCCUUAGUAUGGUGAAUAGUAUUAAAAAAGAUGUUAAAGAUGUGCUAGUUGCUGAAGAAAAUGAUGGAGAAUGUCAUUUAAAUUUAUUUGCUGUUGAUAAAGAAUUGAGAGGUAAUGGAGUUGGUAAAAUUCUAUUACACUCUGCUCAUGAAGAAGCAAUAAGAAAAGGAUUCCGAGUUAGUAAUAUGAUGAACAGAACAGAAAUUUCUAUAGCAGAAUGA